GCAAACGUUGGCACAUUUGUUAAGAGUUUAGAGAGAGAGAGAGAGAGAGAGAUAGCGAAAUCAAGGUGAAUCGAAAAUGUUGGCUAGGGUUUGUAGUAGAUCGGAAUCUUCUUUUGCUAGUGCAGCUGCUGUUUCUGCGAGAUUGUUGUUCAGUACGAGCUUGGUUCAUCAUCGUCGCGGCGCCAAGAAAAGUAGUUAGGUUGAGAAGACUAUGCCUUCUUUGAGCGGAGGAACAUUUGGAGGAGAGAGUUUGAAAUUGAGGAGUGGGUCUCAUUAUAUCAAAAACUUAGACGAUGCCGUUGGUUUGUUCGAUUACAUGGUUCGAUCUGGCCCCUUGUAUUCGGCAAUUGAUUUCUGUAAAUUAAUUGGUGUGGUCGUGAGGAUGGAACGGCCCGAUGUUGUGAUUUCUCUCUAUCAGAAGCUGGAAUUGCGCCGGGUUCCGUUUGAUAUAUACAGCUUUUCUAUCCUGAUGAAAUGUUACUGCAGGUGUCACAAGUUGUCAUUUGCCUUGUCUACGUUUGGAAAGAUCACUAAACUUGGUUUCCAGCUUGAUGUUGUUACGUUUACCACGCUGCUUCACGGGUUAUGUCUUCAAGAUAGGAUCUCUGAAGCCGUAGUUUUGUUUGAUCAUAUGGUUGAAACUGGAUUCACACCCGAUGUCGUGACCUUCAACACACUCAUGAACGGUCUUUGUAUGGAGGGUCGAGUUUUCGAAGCAGUAGCUCUUGUUGAUCGAAUGGUAGAAAGUGGUCAUCAACCCAACGAGAUUACUUACGGAACAAUUGUAAACGGAUUGUGUAAGAUGGGUGACACUGUGUCCGCCUUGAAUCUGCUUAGGAAAAUGGAGCAAACCCACAUCAAACCCGGUGUUGUAAUCUAUAAUGCCAUCAUUGAUCGUCUUCGCAAAGACGGGCACCACAGCCAUGUUCAACAUCUUUUCACUGAAAUGCUUGAGAAAGGAAUUAUGCCAGAUGUUCUCACCUACAACUGUAUGAUCGACGGUUGUUGUAGCCAUGGUAAAUGGAGUGAUGCCGAGCAAUUGCUGCGUGAUAUGAUCGAAAGGAAUGUCCACCCUAAUGUUGUAACUUUCAAUGUAUUGAUCAAUGCAUUUGCCAAAAAAGGAAAGGUCGCUGAGGCUGAAGAAUUAUACAGUGAGAUGCUUCAAAGGGAUAUAUUUCCCAAUACAAUCACAUAUAAUUCAUUGAUUGAUGGAUUUUGCAAGCAUAGUCGUCUAGAUGAUGCAAAGCGCAUGUUUAAUUUGAUGGUUAGCAAGGGCUGCUCUCCGGAUAUAAUCACCGUAAAUACUCUCAUAGAUGGAUGCUCUAGGGCUAAGAAGUUAGAUGCUGGAAUGAAACUUCUCCAUGAGAUGUCUAAAAGAGGCUUAGUUCCUGAUACAGUUUCAUACAGCACUCUUAUUCACGGUUUCUGUCAAGUUGGGGAUCUUAAUGCUGCUCAAGACCUUUUCCAGGAGAUGAUUUCUCAUGGUGUGUCCCCUGAUAUCGUAACUUGUGGCACUUUGCUGAAUGGUUUCUUCAAUGAUAGGAAAAUAGAUAAGGCAUUGGAGGCAUUGGAAAUGUUUGAGGUUAUGCAGAAGAGUAAGAUGGAUCUUGAUACUGCUACUUAUAGCAUCAUCAUCGAUGGAAUGUGCAAAAGUAAUAAGGUGGACGAAGCAUGGGAUUUGUUCAAUAGUCUCCCCCUCAAUGGCGUGGAGCCUGAUGUUCAAACGUAUACAAUAAUGAUCAGCUCAUUUGUGAAAGAAGGAAACUUUUUAAGGGCUGAAGAAUUAUAUGCUGAGAUGUUCCGAAAAGGUGUAGUCCUUGAUACUUUCACCUAUAACUCAAUGGUUGAUGGGUUCUGCAAGCAGAACCGCCUAGAUGAAGCCAGACAUAUGUUUGAUUCCAUGGCUAGCAAGGGCUGCUCACCGAACUUAGUGACUUUUAGUACACUCAUUAAUGGCUACUGUAAGGCAAGAAGGGUUGAUGACGGAUUGGAGCUUUUUUGCGAGAUAUCUCGAAGAGGAAUAGUUGCUAACACAAUUACUUACAGCACUUUGAUUCAUGGGUUUUGUCUAGUGGGUGAUCUUAAUGGCGCCCUUGACAUUUUCCAGGAGAUGGUUUCUAGUGGUGUAUGUCCUGAUACAAUUACUUUCCACAGUAUGCUGACAGGUUUAUGUAGUAAGGAGGAACUACAAAAGGCAAAGGCAAUAUUGGAGGAUCUGCAAAAGAGUACGCAUGGAUCAUCAAUUGGAGGAUAAAUGUAAGAAUGGAUGAUUCAGUGCCAUUUCGCUUUUAUAAUUCACUUUCUACACACCUACUGCAAUGAAAAUUAAUGUUUGUGGUUCUGCUUUUUGGUUAACUCGAUUGUUCAUUCCAGAUAUUUAUGUGUUCAUGCUCAUCAACGUUUAUAUAUUUCUGAGCGCUGUUGCAAGAUAUAUAAACUCAAAUCUUUGAUCUAGUUGACAUUUGGUUUUACA